CUUUACGGUAACACGGAUCCGUCCCAGACUCGUGAGAUCGGGCUCUGAUUUCAUGAAGCCUGCAGUAAACCAUCAGAGCAGCUGUAUUUCUGUCAGAGGUUUCUCAACACUAAGUAAAAUAAAGCGAAAAUGGAGAGGUGUUGCUGUGGAUUGAUUACGCCUGAGAAGCAAGCAGUGCCUCUGCAGAGUGUGGAUGUUCAGGUGGAUGUGAAGGACCAUGUCGCCACAGUGGUGUCAACACUGCUCUACAAAAACAAAGAGGAGAAACCCAUCGAGGCGGUGUUUGUUUUUCCCAUGCCCAGUGAAGCAGCCGUCUGCCAUUUCAGUGCUAAAGUUGGAGAGACUCUUAUCGUGGCUGAGGUGAAAGAGAAGAAACAGGCUCGUGAGGAGUAUGAUGAUGCACUGAGCUCCGGUCAACAGGCCUUUCUAUUGGAGGAGAGCGACCAGAGUCCAGAUAUAUUCUCUAUGAGUGUUGGCAGUCUGUCCCCUGGAGAGAGCGCCUCCAUCAGGCUGGAGUAUGUCACUGAGCUGGAUGUGCAGGCCGAUGAAGCUCUGAGAUUUUGUCUUCCUGCUGUCCUCAACCCUCGAUACCAACCUGCAGGAACAGAAAGCAGCAGUGUGAAAUUGACAUCACUCCCAUCUUCUCUGGUGCCCUAUGAUCUGACCUUUUCGGCCCGAGUCGAGUCACCGCGGUCAGUCUCCAGUAUAGAGUCCAGCUGCACCAUGGACCCGGUGGAGUACCUCAACCAAGAUCAAACUAAGGCAUCGGUGAAACUGGCAGCAGGACACAAGUUUGACCGAGACGUGGAGCUGCUCAUUUAUUACAAAGACAGUCACCAGCCCUCAGCUGUGGUGGAGGCAGGACAGGCCUCAGCCAAACCUGGCUCUAUAAUGGGAGACCCAGCCCUGAUGCUGAGCCUGUACCCGGAGUUCCCCAAAGACAUUAUGUCAUCUGUGUCUUCCUCUGGAGAGUUUGUGUUUCUAUUGGAUCGAUCUGGAAGUAUGGACUGUUCUAUGGGCCACAGAAGAGAGUCAGGGAGUCGGAUUGCCAGUGCACGGGACACUCUGCUGCUGCUGCUCAAGAGCUUACCCAUGGGCUGCUACUUUAACAUCUACAGUUUUGGAUCCACUUUUGAACAAAUCUUUCUGGAGAGUGUGGAGUACAGCCAAAAGACAAUGGAGGAGGCUCUGAAAAAGGUGGAAAAGAUGGAGGCUAACCUGGGAGGAACUGAGAUUCUGGCUCCUCUAAAACGCAUUUACAGUCAGGGCUGCAUCCCCAACCAGCCCAGACAGCUGUUUGUCUUCACUGAUGGAGAAGUAGAAAACACCAAAGAAGUCAUCAACCUGGUCAAGUCUAAUGCAGGCUCUCACAGGUGUUUUUCUUUUGGGAUUGGAGAAGGAGCCAGUUCUGCUCUUAUCAAGGGUUUGGCCAAAGAAGGAGGAGGACACGCCCAGUUCAUCACUGGAAAUGACAGGAUGCAACCCAAAGUGAUCCAGUCUUUGCGCUUCGCCAUGCAGCCAGCAGUGGUGGACAUCUCUGUGAAAUGGGACCUGCCCAAAGGGGUGUCUGCCUCUGUGCUGUCCCCACCUCUCACAUCCAUUUUCCAGGGACAACGGUCACUGCUGUACGCCCAACUCACUGGACAGAGCAAAGAGGGAGCAGAGGGCUGUGUGACUGUCAAGUACAGCCUGGCAGGACGUCCCACUGAGAACAAGCUCAACUUCAGCCUCAAACCAGCGGAGGACACUGGACUCACAGUGCACAGGCUGGCAGCACGCUCUCUCAUUCGAUCUCUGGAGCAGGAGCAAGAGGGCGCUAGAGGACAGAAAGACGACGCUGUGAAGAAGAAAAUCAUUGAUCUGAGCGUCCAAUCAGGAGUCAGCAGCUCCUUCACUGCCUUCAUCGCCGUGAACAAAACCAGCGGAGAAGCCAUUCAAGGCCCUCUGCUGAGAAGAGAUGUCCCUUUACCAAUGUCCAGAGUCAUGUUCCUCAAAAAGAAGUUUUCCAUGGGAGUGAUGGUUUGUAGUGUACCUCCUGGAACUUUUGAUGGGGCUUUAAAUACGUGUGAUGAUGUGGAGAUGAAUGAGGAUGAGUCUUCAGAAGAUGAUCUUGGGUUUGACUUGCCUCCCUCACCCAAAGUGCAGCGGGACCCUCUGCUGCAGGUGGUGUCCCUGCAGAAGGCUUCAGGCUGCUGGGAGUUAGAACCAGCUCUGGCCCAAGCCCUGAGCAAGACCAGCCAAGACCUGGAGAGCAAACUGCCUGCAAUGGUAAAGAAAGAAGUGUGGGCCACCAUUUUGGCUCUGGUCUGGCUUCAUGGUCUGAAAGCUGAUGCUAAGGACGAGUGGGAGCUGUUGGUCAUGAAGGCUGUGACAUGGCUGCGCUCACAGAACGCUCAAGGCCUGAGUGAGUGUGUGGAAGCUGCCAAUGCUCUUCUGGGGUGCACUGUUCAGAAAGAUGCACUGGGACUCUAGAUCUACUUUGUUUAUUAAACUGCUCAUUUAAAGGAAAAUGCAAAAUUGAGGUGUUCUGCAAAUGUGCCUUAAAUAAAGUACAAUGUGUCUUUACAUCAUUAAUACAAGUGUUAGCCAUGUUCCUGCCAUGUUACCAUGUUGUGAUAGGGUAUUUUUUUUUUCUUUGCACAUGUUUCUUUUGUAUGCUCCAAUAAAUGAAUUAAUAAAAGUCUCUAAAAUGUU